GCGAGUGAGCAGCAAUGCCGGGACAGGUGAGAUUAGAGCGGGUCAGGUGAGGCCAGGUGAGGGCUAAGAGCGGCUGAGCAGCGUUACAGGUAAUACACAGGUUUGUUAACAUACAGGUUAAUCGAGAUAAGGUGAGGUCAGCCCACGGUGGACUCUGUCAGCGAUGGAAGUCCCCUACGCGCUGAUCUGCGGGCUACUGAUGGUCACUCUGUCUCUCAAACCCUCUGCAAAACCCCUCACUGCAGUCCAGGACAAGUUACCAGCGGCCAACCGAACGUUGAACCUGACGGUCACUGAAAUCACCCCGCGAGUGAACGUGUCUCGGUCAGAGCAGAACCCGGAUGUGGCUGCGCGUGUGAAGAACCCGCCCUCUGCACGGAGGACACAAACAAACAGACAGACAAACAAGCAAACAAACAGGCAACCAAACAAGCAGCCAAACAAGCGCGAGAAAGGGAAGAACUGCUUUGGGCUCAAAAUGGACCGAAUCAGCGACCUGAGCGGGAUGGGCUGCAAAAAAGACUGAGACGCCACCUGGCGGCCAGAGGAGGGGCUACAGCAAGAGAACAACAACACAGCAGAGCACUGGGUGACUGUAAGAACAGCUGAACUGAGCUUUUCAUUCGGCCCAGAUGUUUUAACCAGUCCUCCAUUCGGAGAGUGAACUGUGCCGAGUCCCAGCCUGGACAGAAGGGACUAAAUAUGGAGAUGUAGAUUUUAUUGCACUGCAGAAGUGGACUGCUGUGGAGGCGGCGCAGUCUGGACACAUCUAAUGCAGUAAUGCCACUGUGUAAUAAUAUAUUUAGACUGUUAAUAUGGUUAAAGGCCAAUAUGGUUACUGUUAUUGUGUCUAUUUGAUUGUGAGGCCCAUAUAAGCGCGUUCUCAGUGUUGAAUUCACUCUUAAAGUGUUCAUUUGUGAAUUAUUAUUAUUAACACUGUAGGUGUUAAUUCAGCACUGAGGCUUAUUUGGGCGCUUAGACUGGCCUGUAGGUGAAUAUUACAUGUUUUUAAAGUGAAAUUCUGAGAGUCAGAUCUAAUCUGCUCCUUAUCGCUGUGGAAGACCAUAUAAAACUGACUGACAUUAACACUGAGAAUCUGCUGAUGAGGAUCAAACAGUCUGACAUGAUCAGCUCUGUUACUGAAGCAGAUACAGAUAUGAGGCCAGUUUACUGCAGGUCACAAAGGAACAAACACAACCCUACUGUACACACUUAAAGGGGAACUCCACCAAUCUUUCCAAAUUUCCAGUUAAUCAAGCGGUUAAGAUGUAAACAGAGUCGUUCAGGGUGGUUUGGUGUGAAAUGCUCUGUUCUAGAGAAACUUACCGAGUCAGAAUUGUUCACAGUGGUGGUGAU